AUGGCUCCCAGCAAGACACGCUCACUGGCUGAUCAGCUUGCUGAUCUGGAGGAUCCCACUCCAAAAGAUUUUGACCCCGAGGAUCUUGAACACGAUCACCAAUCUAGCGAUGAUGAUGAUUCAAGCAAACCAUCAGAUGUGAACGCUGGAAGGGAGCAUUACGAGGCCGUUGGUAAGGGAAAACUUAGAAAGCAAGACCCUGUCACAUUAGGAAAGCAAUAUGCUGGCGCACGUAUUAGCCGAGAUGCCCUUGAGGCAGAUAGCGAUGAUGACCCAUUUGCUGCACGUUCCGACAACGGCCACCUCUCUGGAAAUUCCGACUCCGACUCCGACUCCGAUGCGCCACAGGAACUUGAGGACUCGGAUUCAGACAUUGAAGUUGAAGAGGAGGAUGAUGAUGCUGCAGAAGAUGACAGCGAAGAAGAUGAGGUUGACGAAGAGGACGAAGAUAGCGACGAAGAAGAAGAAGAAGCCGAUGAGGAGAGCGACCUGGAAGACGACAGUGAUGAUGGCCAUCUCGAGAGCAAGCGCAAAACCAGAGUCGUCGACUCCGGAUCAAAGGCCCCUUCGGAUGAUCGGGACGAACUGAGGAGAUUGAUGUCUUCGGAUCAGAAAACAAUCACCGCUUCAAUUUCGCAAGCUGCGAAGGCAGAUGCUGCCAAGGGAAAGGCUGUCAAGCAGCAACGUACCGCUUUUGACGCACUUUUGAACACACGUAUCAAAUUGCAGAAAGGCUUGGGAGCGAUCAACGAAAUUUCAGCAAUGAGCUUGGAGGAAGAGAACACUACCGGAGGAAGUGACAACGAGGACGGUGAACCUGCCGAUGACGAAGCUAUUAAAUCGGCCGAGUCAGCGGCCCUCGCUCUCUGGUCUACCUUGGAGGAGUUGCGCACCGCUCUGGCUGACGCCCACUCCAAGGAUGGCAGCAACAAGCGCAAGAGGCCAUCGCCUAUUGCCCCUAAUGCUAAAUCUGCUUUGCUUUGGGAGCGUAUGGCAGACCUAGAAUCCGAGUCACUCGCACAUCGUCGCUCUACUCUCGACAAAUGGUCUUCUAAGGUCAGAGGCACCUCAACCUCACUUCCUAACGCCAGAGGCAAGCUCCUUGGCUCCGCAUCUAAGCAAUCCAUUACUGCUGUCCUUGAUGCCCACGUUGCCACCGAAAUCGGCGACCGAUCAUCUAAGCGUGUCCGCCAGCCUAAUGGUACCAGUUCGACUGACGGUCCUGAGCCUGUAUAUGAUGAUACGGUCUUCUACCAAUCACUCCUUCGUGAACUUGUCGAACAACGCAUGUCUUCUGAUGCUAUGACUGGUGGUCUUGACACCCAGUUGCCCUCUCGUCUGCCUAUCCAUCCGAUCACUGGCAUGCGCAAUGAUAAGGUCAAACGCGCUGAUGUUGAUACCCGUGCCUCCAAGGGCCGCAAGAUGCGCUUUAAUGUUCACGAGAAGCUGCAAAACUUCAUGGCCCCCGAGGACCGUGGCUCAUGGACUAUUCGAGCCCGAGACGAGUUCUUUGCUUCCUUGCUGGGCAAGACUGCCAGUGGACUGCUGGGAGAAGGAGACGAGAGUGAUAGUGAUGAGGACAGCGAUGUCGACCGUGAAGAAGGUGGGUUGAAACUGUUCCGAAACUAG